UGGAGACGGACGAUGGGUGGUAUUCCGUAUGCCACGACGUUGUCUUGGCUCCUUUUGGUUCCUUCUUGGCCCCUCUCCUUCUGAGUCCUUCACUAUCUGGAGUGAGGAGUCACAGCCUCCUGGAGGCUUGGGCUUGGGACGGCGAGAGGGAAGCCUCAAUGCGCGUGGGUUUGCCGGGGUGUGGUAUGGAUGUUGCAGGGGGGCGAGGAGAGCGGGUAUGUGUAGACUGCGGAUACCACGCACACAAGAAGGUAUCUAGGAUACCACACACACAC